AUGGCCAUGUUUUUCUCGGCUAACAUCCUGCGCACAACAAUCCGCAAGAUCGCUGGCAGGACACCCAAGGGUCAAGCCCUGCACGAGGGGUUCAUGAUCCAACUCCUCCGGAUCGUUAUGGGCGGCUCCAUCCUCAAUGUGGCCCAGUCAAGGGGCUUGAUGAACCUUUGCAACAGCGUCGUUCAUCUCAAGACAGGAACUUUCUUGCAAUCGUCCAAGGACAAGUGGGCGACCCCUGUUAAAGGGCAGGGCUGGAAGGGGUUCUGGAUCCCAUUUAAGAACCAGGUCAAUAAGGACCAGUUGAAGAAGGAUCUUUCCAAGAAGCAUUCUGUUGCGGAUAUUGGAAGUGAGUGCGAUAUUGUCAUGUUCGCCAUCCAUGGUGGCGGAAUGGUGAAGGGCGACGCGCUCAUGUUCCUCAGCAGCUACAGAGCCUGGAUGAAGGUCCUCCAGCAGAAGCACAACCUCAAGAUCGGAGUCCUCUCCGUCGAGUACACCUUGUCGCCUGAAGGACCUUUCCCUACCGCAUUGAACGAGUGCGUGGCCGCCUACAAGUACUUGAUCGAACAUCAGGGUGUUGACCCUCGUCGUGUUGUCAUGUGUGGUGACUCGGCAGGAGGUAACCUGUGCUUAACCACAGCCCUCAAGAUCCGCGACGCCUACCCUGGCGUCGGCCUCCCCGCCGGUCAGGUCCUCUUCUCCCCCUGGGUAAUGUGCCCCAAACCCCUCAAGGACAACCCAGAUGACUAUAUUACCAACGAGGGCGGCGCCCUCUAUGUCGAGGCCUACACCCAUAACCAAGCCAAGGUCCACACCAGUCCUUACGCGUCCCCUAUCCAAGCAGCUACCCUUGCGGGCAUGCCUCGGAUGCAGAUCUUUAUUGGAGGUGUUGAGACGUUGAGGCCUUCGAUUGAACGGUUUAUUACCAAGGCUACUGCCGAGGGAGUCAAGAUUGAGAGUCAUUUGAAGGAGGGGAAGGCUCAUGAUUAUCCUUUGAUUGAGGAGAUUUCUGGAAGCAAGGUUGUGAGAGAGUCACAAGAAUUGGUUGCCAAGUUUGUCGCGAGGAUUCGUGAUGAUUAUAUUGGUGUCGUCGAGGUUUGA